CCGAGACCUAGACGACUCGGCCGAGUCGUCACCGUCUCGGCCCCUACCGAUACGAUAGCGUGACGAAACGAUACCGAAAUACUUGACUUGCCGAGAAAUCGGCCGAGUCGUCACCGUGACGGAUUGACUCGGCGAGUCACACCGAGUCAUUCCGAGUCAAGACGAGAAAUCAGCCGAGUCACACCGUGACGGAUUGACUUGGCCGUUUCUUUUACUAUUUUUUAAUUAUUUUUAUUUAGCAUACUUUUUAUAUUAUUAACAAUUUUUAGAAUAUUAAAUACUUUAAAAUUUGCAUUUCACCGAAACCGCGACCGAUAUGCCGAGACUGAUGUGGAACGUUCCGAGCCGCGACCACAACCGCGACCGUGACUUUGAACCAUGAUCUCUUCUGCUCAGUUUUUUGGAGAUCAGAAGUGAAUGACAUGGGAACUUCAGUUUCUCUGCAGAAGUUCUCGGGUUCAAAUGCAAUCUCUAGUGCUGAUCUCUUUGGUCAACAGUGCAACAAUUCAUCUGUUGAUGUCACAGCUGGAGAUCCGAUUGACUGGUUGAAAUUACAGGCGCAGCAGGAUUUCUCUUCAUUUAAGAUUAUGGCAGGCGAAACUUGGAAGAAGCUCAGCUCCCUUGCAUCCACUUUAAUGUCAAAUCUCCAGGAGGAAAUGUUGAAUCUCCAGGAGAGAAUCCUCCGAUAAAGCUGCAUUUUCUGUGUACAAAUUUAAGAGGAUCUCGUUACAGACUUGCAACGGGGUGUAGUAAACCAUGCAACUCCCUUCGUGCUUUAUCGGCUCAUUAUGGACUCCUGAUUCUGCGACUUGUACCAACAAUCUUUAAGUUUGAGAUUAACAUGAUCAAAACGCAAAGUGCCAAGAAUGAGCUCGAGUGGCAAUUUGAUCAACUAACAAUAAGAGUAGCUACAAAGCACCCGUAAAAUGAUCACUGGAAAUUUCGCUGGCCUGAGAAUCAAUUUGAAGCAGAAAUUUGGAUUCAUUAGAAUGAAAUAUUAUACCUUACUUUGGUUUUUAA